UAUCUACAUCAGAAUUUGGUUUAUACUCUUGUUCCUUAAACCAAAAAAUAAAAGAAAAAAGGUUUAAACCUCAGUGUUUACCAUCCAAAAAACAAAUUAAUUAAAAAAUAGAGGGAAAAUAAACCCUUGAGAGAGGAAGAUGAAAAGAGAGAAGGGCAAGUGGAGGUUCUUCUUCAUAUUUAUUUCCAUGAAUGUCCAUUCCAGAAGAAUUGGCAGGUUAACUCAAGUUUGAACUUUUCAACAGUCUUAGAAUUACUAGUUGUGUGGCAGUUAAGAUGGAUGGUGCUAAGAGAACAGCUGAAAUUUCGGAAAGGACUACUUCCCAAUUUAUUGAUAAUAAUAAUAAUUCUCAGAAUGAUUCUGAAAUCCCAGCAGGAGUAUCAAUACCUCCUUUGGGCUCAAAUAAUCAUAAUAUUCUGUCCAUGCUGUUGCCUCCAAGUCCACUCCACUUCAAGCCAUUCUCAUACAUGCCAUUCUCAUACUCGAACGAAUCUUCUGACAGCUUAAGUCCCGCCAUAGGGUCGAGUGUUAACCAGCAGCCAAAUACUCAAGGCUCUGACAUUACCUUAAGUUCAUUUGAGGACAAUGCUUUUUCAGGAACUGAGGGAAGCCAUUCAAAAAUAAUUGGUUUAAAAGAUUGUGAUGGUGAAGAGUUUCCUUCUUCAAAUGAAUGGGAUUAUCACAAGGAUGAUAUUAGGAAUACAGAGUAUUCAUAUCUAUCAAUGUCAGAUUCUCCUCACCAACAUCGUGCUCCUAUGACUGUUGGUUCUUCUUCUUCUGCUGGAAAUGUACCUUCUGAAAUGGAAGACAUUGAGUUUGGAGGGAAGAUUGUUCCUGCUACUGCGGUUGAGCUUACUCCUAACAUGAAUUCUACACAUACCGGAGAAUCUGAAACUGCACUUACAGCUCCUCCUUCUCUUGAGGACUCUGAUGUUCCUCAGGUGGAUAGACCAUCAUAUGUAUGUCGUGAUCUGAAUAUUACAGAUUAUCUAGCCCAGCGACGUGCUCAGGUGGCUUCUAUUGCAAAUCCUUCUUUACGUGCCUUUAUGGAAGCUCAGCUAGUUACGCAGACUUUUUACUUGCUCAAUAAUAACGCAGUUGCUAUACAGUUGCAGAAUUAUAAUUCUCUUCCCUUGGAGGAUGAAGACAACGCCGAUGAUGCUGAUGAGACUGAGGAUGACGAGGAAGAAGAAACUGAGGAUAUGACUAACGAAGAGCCCAUAUUAGAAGGAGAGCAAGAGGCUCUUGUUGAUGAUGGGCUGGAUGAAGAAGCAAUUGUGGAAGCACUCAGAACCGAGAAAUACAUUUCUUCUACAAGUACUAUGGCUUGCGGAUGCACUGUGUGCUGGGAACAGUACAAGGAUGGAGAAGAUUUGGGAAUACUAGAUUGUGAUUCCAAACAUAAAUUUCAUUACAAGUGCAUCAAAAGAUGGUUGAUGCGCCAAAACUCUUGCCCUCUUUGCAGGAUGAAUGGCAUAAUUCUUUGAUACAUGGCUUAUCGUCCUGUUAUGCUGUAGGAUGUAACCCCCUUCCCUUUUAUUUUAUUUUUGGAUAAUUUUUACACAGUUGGAAUUAUUGUUGCGUAAAUUAGAGGGAAAUUCAGAUACAGUAUUUUGUUGUUGUUGUAAGAAAUACCAUCUUUUAAAAAGAUGGAGUUUGUGUUUCUAAUUGUACUUUUUCUUCCUUUCU